CCUUACGUCCACAGCGGCGUUACCAUCAGUUGGACCAUAGAUUCCCAAAAUGGAUACAGAUUAUGCAGAACAAACCUCAAAUUAGAAAGCGAGUUCCUGCUCUCCGGUGCCGAGCCCCGUUACAGUGAGGAUGUUCCCCAGCCUGGCCCACAGACCAUGGCAUGUCUUCUGCAGGGUCUCCAUGCAGCACAGGGCGCCCCUGUCUCAGCGGUCCCCGAGGUUCAGUCAGCUGUGUUACGGUUGGCAGAACGGAGGCAUACAUAACUUUUGGUUCAGCCUCCCAGACUGCCGUGCUGCUUCUUUAGGACUUGGCAAGGUGCAGUACUACUCUACCUCUGGCCACAGUAAAGAUGGUCCCCCAAAAUCAGCAUCAGGUGGUCCUCCAACAGCAGAAAAGGUCCUGUCUGCUGCUGCAAAAGCUGCCCCAGCUUCACCAGCAGAAGGAAAUGACACUGGUUCACCUCAGGGGCUGACUAAAGCUGAGACAAUUCAAGUAAAAGUGCGGGCAGUCCUAAAGAAAAGGGAAUAUGGAGCCAAAUACACUCAGAACAACUUUAUCACAGCAGUCAGAGCCAUGAAUGAGUUCUGCCUCAAACCAAGUGAUCUGGAACAGCUCCGAAAGAUCAGAAGACGCAGCCCUCACGACGACACGGAGGCGUUCACUGUCUUUUUGCGGUCAGACGUGGAGGCCAAAGCACUGGAGGUUUGGGGAAGCCACGAAGCUCUGGCCCGAGAGAGAAAUCUCAGAAAAGAGGUGGAGAGAGAGUACCAAGAGAAUAUUUUUCGGAAUCAACAGUUGUUGAAGGAAUACAAAGACUUUUGGGGAAACACUAAGCCUCGAUCAGGCCAGAGGACAACUUUCCUGCAGGGGCCGGGGAAGGUCGUCAUGGUCGCUAUUUGCAUCAAUGGGCUGAACUUCUUCUUCAAGCUCCUGGCCUGGGUCUACACUGGCUCAGCGAGCAUGUUCUCCGAGGCCAUCCACUCUCUGGCCGACACCUGCAACCAGGCUCUGCUCGCUCUGGGAAUCAGCCAGUCUGUCCGCAACCCUGACGCUGGGCACCCGUACGGCUUCUCCAACAUGCGCUACAUCGCCUCCCUCAUCAGUGGGGUGGGCAUUUUUAUGAUGGGAGCAGGCCUCUCCUGGUACCAUGGCAUCAUGGGAUUGUUGCACCCAGAGCCCAUUGAAUCUUUGUUAUGGGCUUACUGUAUUUUGGCGGGCUCUCUGGUGUCUGAAGGAGCCACGUUACUAGUAGCUAUCAAUGAGAUUAAGAGGAGCGCCCACCUGAAUGGACUGUCUUUUUAUGAAUAUGUAAUGCAGAGUCGAGACCCCAGUACGAAUGUGGUGCUGCUGGAGGACGCUGCCGCAGUGUUAGGGGUCAUCAUGGCUGCUGGCUGCAUGGGACUCACCUCCCUCACAGGUAACCCCUACUACGACAGUUUGGGCUCUCUCGGCGUGGGCACGCUGCUGGGCACCGUCUCAGCGUUCCUCAUCUACACCAACACAGAGGCUCUGCUGGGUCGCUCCAUACAGGCUGAACGUGUACAGAAGCUUACAGAGUUCCUGGAGAACGACCCCGCAGUAAGGGCCAUCCACGAUGUGAAGGCCACUGAUAUGGGUCUAAGUAAAGUGCGCUUCAAGGCUGAAGUUGACUUUGAUGGCCGAGUGGUGACGCGGUCUUAUCUGGAAAAACAAGACAUUGACCAAAUCCUCAAUGACAUUCAGCAGGUGAAGACGCCCGAAGAGCUUGAGAACUUCAUGCUGAAACACGGGGAGAACAUCAUCGACACUCUGGGGGCUGAGGUGGACCGCUUGGAGAAAGAACUCAAACAACGAAACCCAGAGGUUCGUCACGUGGACUUGGAGAUACUAUAAUAACUGACGGGUCUCUGCUGAGGGAACAUCCUGCUGAACCAAGAACAGGAAAAGAUGAAAGGAGGGCCAAGCCCGCCUCCGUUAUCUGCCUCCCACCCUGACCACCACAAAACAAACCUCCGUCUCUGCACAACUCAUCAAGUCUUACUGUAGAAUAGUCCACAACCGUACUCGAGGUUUGGGCGAGCUUUCUUUUGCGUUGCUUGAACUUCAUUUAGCCGAGAAUUCAACCUGCCGGAAAUCCACUCUCGCAUUAGAGUGAGUGUUUCGAGCUGAAGACUAAGAACUGUCAUUAGUCUCCUUGAAUUUUAAGAGAUCUCUGUUGCAGUUCACACACAUCUGUAGGACAGUUUAGUCUUCUGGUCGUUUGCUUGAACUCAAAAUCCUGCAGGAAUGUGUUUGGAUUCGCUUGAAAUCAUGACGGCUCCUACAACAAAAUCUCAACAGGACCAGUAUCAUUAUUAUUAUCAGACUUAAAUGUGAUGCUUGAACCACAGUUAUAGUGUUUCCUUCAUUAGUACGAAGGAACCUCAGAGCUACAUAUUCAAACUAAUUUUAUUUAAUUGCUAGACAAUAUUAGAUGUUUUUUUUUUUUUUUGUUCUUUUAACGUAAAAGCUGAGAUACUGACAAUGGCACGAUGCUGCUGCGGCUUCUCUAAUGAAGAUGGUUUGUUAUGAAUAGAUUUUAAUGCUAUUACAGAGGAAAAAAUACAAGUUAAAAAGGUAUUAAGACAUUUCAUUGGAUUGUAUGUUAGAGUUGAAGAGUGAGCUAAGGUUAAAUACAGUAGCACUUAUUGAGCAUCAGCUUAUGCAAAAAAAGAAUAAUUAGAAAACAGGUUGUUUUCCCAUAAAAUCAAUAUUUUCCUGUGAUUUUAUGAAGUUGAAAGGCGAACAAAUGUAUUAAUCAUUUAUUGGACUACAAACAUCCUCCCACGCCAAGAACUGACAUUAUAGGCAGCGGCAUCCCUCUCCUUCACUUCUCUCUUUGCCAGCUUCACACUCCAAACAUUGAUGUCCUACAAAAUUUAGUAACUCGUGAAGUCUGGUAGCUGAUCAGCAGGUGACUGGUUGCACUGAUCCAAAAAUGAGGAACUGGAGGGAUGCAGAGUUCCAGUGUAAAUAAGCGGCCCGUGAUGUUAAAAGGUACUAAACGAACAGACCGGCCCCAUCUCAAACAGGCUUUUGUCAUCACCCAGGAUGUCACCCUGUACAGUACAUGUAUCAAAUAAUCAAGUGAAUUAUCUCCUACUUGGUGUUACUGCUGAAACUCUGUGUGAAACAUACAGCGACUGCGCUUUUUUGGCUUUUCAUUUUGCAUUUUACUUUAGUCAGUCACAGCAGCAGCAGAACGGGACACGCCUGCCUGCUCAGACGUGUCAGUCUGCUGCAGGAGGUGAGCCGGAGUCAUGUCAUCUCUGCUGGGAAGGGAGGGUGCAUAUAUAUUUUUGAAGGUGUUAAUAAUGUAAAUUUUCCGGUUGGUUGUAACGAUGUUGCCGUUGCUGAAGGAGUUGGAAUAAAUUUGAAAUAAUUUAUUAAAUUAUUUUUGCUUUCA